AUGACUUGUGUUUUUUGUCUUACUUUCCAGCUGGCCUGCUGCUGCGGUACUGCCGCCUGUGCCUUGUGCUGCAAAUGCUGCCCCAAGAUAAAACAGUCAACCAGCACCCGCUUCAUGUAUGCGCUUUACUUCAUCCUGGUGACUAUCAUCUGUUGUGUCAUGAUGUCAACAACAGUGGCUAAUGAAAUGAAAACGCACAUUCCCUUCUACAAGCAGAUGUGCAAGGGUAUUCAGGCGGGUGAGAUGUGUGAGAAGUUGGUGGGAUACUCUGCAGUGUACAAAGUCUGUUUUGGAAUGGCCUGUUUCUUCUUUUUGUUCUUCUUGUUCACCAUCAAAAUCGACAGCAGCAAAAGCUGCCGAGCAUACAUUCAUAAUGGAUUCUGGUUCAUUAAACUUAUACUUCUGGCAGCAAUGUGCUCAGGAGCCUUCUUCAUUCCCGAUCAGGACACUUUCCUCAAUGCCUGGCGCUACGUAGGAGCAACAGGAGGUUUCCUUUUCAUUGCCAUUCAGCUCAUCCUGCUUGUUGAGUUCGCACACAAAUGGAAUAAAAAUUGGACUGCAGGUGCAAACCAUAAGCAGAUGUGGAGUGGUUUGCUCGCCCUGGUCACUCUCAUCUUGUACUCCGUUGCUGUGGCAGCCCUGGUCCUCAUGGCUCUUUUCUACACGCGCUCAGAGGGCUGCAUGUACAACAAGGUCCUGAUUGGUGUUAACGGUGGCCUGUGCCUCUUUGUGUCGCUGGUGGCGAUAUCGCCCUGUGUCCAGAAUCGCCAGCCCCAUUCUGGUUUGCUGCAGUCAGGAGUUAUCAGCUGCUACGUUAUGUACCUCACUUUCUCAGCACUAUCCAGCAAGCCACCAGAAACUAUCCUGGAUGAAAACAAUCAGAACAUCACAAUCUGUGUACCUGAAUUUAGCCAAGGCCUGCAUAGAGAUGAAAACCUGGUUACUGGCCUGGGUACUACCAUUUUGUUUGGCUGCAUUUUAUAUUCUUGUUUGACCUCAACAACACGUGCAAGCUCAGAGGCACUGAGGGGACUAUAUGCAACACCUGAAACUGAAGUAGCUCGUUGCUGCUUUUGCUGCAUGCCUGAUGGAGACGCUGAUGCUGAAGAGCACGUUGAAAAAAGGAGAGGCCAGACUGUGAUUUAUGAUGAGAAGAAAGGCACAGUGUACAGUUAUGCCUACUUCCACUUCGUUUUCUUCUUGGCUUCGCUCUACGUGAUGAUGACAGUAACUCAUUGGUUCCAUUAUGAAAGUGCUCAGAUUGAAAAAUUCUUCACCGGAACCUGGUCCAUCUUCUGGAUUAAGAUGGUCUCCUGUUGGGUUUGUGUCUGUCUGUACUUAUGGACUCUUAUUGCUCCACUCUGUUGCCCAACCAGAGAGUUCUCAGUGUGAACACUCAGAAGGUCCUUCUGUGUUUUUCUCUUUUCCUUUUUUUUUUUUUCCUCCUGUUACAAAUAA